UUAAGUACGUCUUGUUGACACAACAUCCAAUAUCGAUGCUUUCAUUGGCUUUCGAUCCCAUGUGCGAAGUUCAUUUGUUUGUUUUAAUGUGUUAAUCAGCAGAAAUCGAUCGAAAAGAUUAUACACAUAAAGAAGAAGAUGAGUUUGAAAAGAACGAAAUCUGUGGUGUUGACCGGAUACAGCGGUGCACCGGAAAUGGUUGAGACGAGAAUGACGGAAAUGCGCCCACUCGAUGGUCUGAUCGAAGUGCAGGUGCACACAUGCGGUAUAAACUUUGCCGAUAUUUAUCAGAGGAGCGGAUUCCUCUCGCUCCCUUUACCAUUCACCAUGGGAUUGGAGUGUUGCGGUAUCGUCACCGCCAUCGGUUACAGAUCCGACAAGUUUCGGGUCGGCGAUAAGGUGAUCUGCUACAACUACAUGGGCGGAAUGUAUAGCGAGCAAGUGAGAGUCGACGAGAUAAACUGCUUCAAGAUACCGCGCGACAUUAGCUUCGAGGAAGGCGCCUGCCUCUUCAUCAACUAUGUAUCGGCCUAUCUGUGUCUACUCGAAAUCGGAAACCUUACAGACGGAAAGAGCGUCUUCAUUCAUUCGCUUGCCGGUGGAUUCGGAUUGGCCGCCGUACAGAUCUGCCAGCGAUUCAAGGACGUGACCAUCUACGGGACGGCCUCCCCCAGCAAAUUUCAGUAUCUGCACGACCGGUACGGCCUUUCCAAUGUAAUGGUCACCGAAGAUCUGAUCGAUGGAUUCUGCGCCAUGUGUCCUGGUGGUCUGGACAUUGUUCUGGAGACGGAAUCCGGGGACGUCAAGGAUUUCCUCAUGAGCCAACUGAGACCGUUAGGUCGGAUGAUCAUCUUGGGUGCUAAAUCGUCGAUCGCUCGGGAAGCGAUCGACAGACCGGUCGGUCUGAUCAAUCCCGUCGAUUUGAUUCUCACCAAUCGCAUCGUCUCCGGUUUCCAUCUGGGCGUGCUGUGCGACAACAGGAAAGAGUUGCUCGAGGAAGUGUUGCAGACAGUGAUCGACUGGUUGCGUGACGGCAUCAUUAAUCCGGUCAUCCAUUCCAUUUGGGAUUCGCUCGAGUCCUACUUGGAUGCAAUCGCCGUGCUCGAGAGACGCAGCAACAUCGGCAAAAUCCUUCUCAAAAUUACAUAAAUCUUCUACAUUCGUUCCUGUUGCUGACCA